GUUUUUAUAAGUUGUUCAUAAAAAGCAGAAAAGAUUACUCUUCUUCAUACCGAUUGUCCUUGAAAUAUUAGUUAUUCAAUUUGAAAGCUACCAUUGACUUCAACCACCGUUAACGAAAAUAACAUACUCCUUGUUUUUUCAUUAUGUCUUUAGUAUAUAGCCUUGUGCCUUAUGUUCGUCCUAGUGCAAUUGUCUUAGGUGUUGCCUUUGACCAUGCUGCUUCCUUUAUGGUUUAUGGACCUUUAAUGGGCGACCUUUGGAAGAAAGCAAUGUCCCCUACUCCUCAACAUGUCCAUUCUGCUCCUUGCAGUCCCAUCAAAAAGGCAACUAUAACCUAUUCGAGUAAUCUCAUAAGCGCAUGCGUUCAGACUUAUUCCAUUGCUGCACUCUUGCAAUUAACUGGAACCGUAAGUAUGAAAGGUGCUUUUUAUGUAGGCCUUUAUGUCUUUGGAGCAUCAGGAUUGCCUGAUAUGGUUGACUACAUAUUUACGGAAAAGCGAGGAUGUUCCUACACAUUGGUAAAAACAAUUUCUUCGUUUGUGAAAACUGUCGGCAUGAGCGUUGUCUUGUUAGGCUAUGGUAUCCGCCAAAACCGAGCUUAACGAAAUUUUAGUACUUUGUUUUCCAUCUUUUCUAAAAUUUAACUUUAAGGAACGUACAAAUCAGUUAGUAAUGACUAAAUGAAUUUAUGAACCUCGUAUAUUAUAAGUAUUGUAUUUUGUUCCUAAUUUAUCCAUCUCUUUGAUAUUUGCAAAAA